GAGGCGGCCUUGGCCUCGGCAUCUCCGCCCCCGACCCAGCGACCGCCCCUCCCGGGAAGGUAAGGCGCCACCUACCCGGGGGCGGCCGCAAAGCCAAUGGCCGUCGGGCGCUCCGCCCCCGCGAGUAGUGCCCAGGCGCCGCGGCCACUCCGCACUCGGGGCUGCCCGCGCCACCGCCGCUCACCUGCGCCCGCCGCUCUUCCUCGGUGCGCGCCGGUCCGCCCAUCCCCGAGCGCCACCAUGAACUCGCUCUUCAGAAAGAGAAACAAAGGCAAAUACAGCCCCAAGGUGCAGGCACGCAGCAUCUCCAACAAGGAGCUGUCAGAGCUGAUCGAGCAGCUGCAGAAAAAUGCUGACCAGGUGGAGAAGAACAUCGUGGACACCGAGGCCAAGAUGCAGAGUGACCUGGCCCGGCUGCAGGAGGGUCAGCAGCCGGAGCACCAGGACGUGGCCUUGCAGAAGGUGUCAGACUCAGAGAAGCUGCUGUACGUGCUGGAGGCAGAUGCAGCCAUCGCCAAACAAAUGCGGCACCCCCAGGGGGACAUGAUCGCUGAGGACAUCCGUCAGCUGAAGGAGCGUGUGAGCAACCUGCGCGGGAAACACAAGCAGAUCUACAGCCUGCCAGCCAAGGAAGCUGACCCCCAGGUCAACUGGGCAGCGCUGGUAGAGGAGAAGCUGGACAAGCUGAGCAUCCAGGGCUUUGGGACAGACCUGCCGCUAGUGGACAGCCAAGUAGAGCAACACAACAUCUUUCACAAUGAGGUCAAGGCCAUCGGGCCCCACCUGGCCAAAGAUGGAGAUAAGGAGCCCUCCAGUGAACUGCAGGCCAAGUACCAGAAGCUGCUGGCAGCAUCGGAGGCACGGCAGCAGCACCUGCGCUCGCUGCAAGACUACAUGCAGCGCUGCACCAACGAGCUGUACUGGCUGGACCAGCAGGCUAAGGCCCGCAUGCAGUAUGAUUGGAGCGACCGCAACCUGGACUAUCCCAGCCGCCGGCGCCAGUACGAGAAUUUCAUCCACCGGAACCUGGAGGCCAAGGAGGAGAGAAUCAACAAACUGCACAGCGAGGGAGACCAGCUGCUGGCUGCAGAGCACCCCGGCCGAAACUCCAUCGAGGCUCACAUGGAGGCCGUGCAUGCAGACUGGAAAGAGUAUUUGAACCUGCUCAUCUGCGAGGAAAGUCACCUCAAGUACAUGGAGGACUACCACCAGUUCCACAAAGAUGUGAAAGACGCCCAGGAGCUGCUAGGCAAGGUGGAUUCCGACCUGGACCAGAAGUACAGCCCAGACUUCAAGGACCGGUAUCAGAUUGAGCUGCUGCUGCGGGAGCUGGAUGACCAAGAGAAGGCUCUGGACAAGUAUGAGGACGUGGUACGGGGACUGCAGAAGCGAGGGCAGCAGGUAGUCCCUCUCAAGUACCGCCGGGAGACGCCACUCAAGCCCAUCCCUGUGGAGGCACUGUGUGACUUUGAGGGCGACCAGGGCCCCAUCUCUCGUGGCUACAGCUACACUCUGCAGAAGAACAAUGGUGAGAGCUGGGAGCUCCUGGAUGGGGCUGGGAACAAGCUGACCGCCCCGGCCGUCUGCUUCAUGAUCCCACCCAUGGACCCCGAGGCCCUGGCCCUGGCUGACAGCCUGGGCAGCCAGUACCGGAGUGUGCGGCAGAAGGCGGCUGGGACCAAACACGCACUGCAGCAGCGGCACGAAGUGCUGAAGGCAGAGAACCCUGGAGAUGCCUCGGACCUGCAGGGGCGGCAGCUGCUAGCCGGCUUGGACAAGGUGGCCCGUGACCUGGAGCGGCAGGAGAAGGCCAUCACGGGCAUCUUGCGGCCACCGCUGGAGCAGGGCCGGGCUGUGCAGGACAGCGCCGAGCGGGCCAAGGAGCUCAAGGGCAUUACCGAGCAGAUGCAGCGUAUCGAGCCUGAGAAGACACGCAGCAUGGCUGAGUGUGAAGCUUUCAUCCAGGCCCUCCCAGGCAGUGGCACCACACCCCUGCUGAGGACCCGGGUGGAGGACACCAACCGGAAAUAUGAGCGCCUGGUGCAGCUGCUGGACUCGGCCCAGGAGAAGGUCAUGGUGGCCAAUCGCCUGGAGCAGAGCCUGCAGCAGGGUCUGGAGCUGCUGGCCACGCAGGAGGAGCGGCUCAGCCAGGAGGACACAGUGCCUGAGAGUGGCCCCAUCCUCGACAGCAAACGGCAGGAGCUGGUGGCCCUGGCCUCUGAACUGCCAGCCCAGGAGGCCCUGCUGGGUGAGGUGCAGCAGAACCUACAGGAGGCCAAGCAGUGCGCCAGCUCCCUGGCCAGCCGCUUCCAGGAGCACUGCCCAGACCUGGAGCGCCAGGAGGCUGAAGUGCACAAGCUGGGCCAGCGCUUUGACAACCUGCGCCAGCAGGUGGAGAGCAGGGUCCAGAGCCUACAGGGAGCCCAGGCUGCCUAUGACGAGUUCCAUCGCGGCUACAACCACGUGCUCCACUUCCUGAACAGUAUCCCCUGUUAUGAGCCUCAGGAGACAGACAGCCUGAGCCAGAUGGAGACCAAAUUGAAGAACCAGAAGAACCUGUUAGAUGAGAUUGCAAGCAGGGAACAGGAAGUACAGAAGGUCUAUGCCGCUUCACAGCAGUACCAGCAAGCUGUAAAGGACUAUGAGCUAGAAACAGAGAAGCUCAGGUCCCUCUUGGACCUGGAGAAUGGGAGGAACAGCCACGUGAGCAAGAGGGCCAGGCUCCAGUCUCCUGCUGCCAAAGUGAAGGAAGAGGAAGCAGCUCUGGCGGCCAAGUUCACUGAAGUUAAUGCUGUCAACAGACAGAGGCUGCAGAAUCUGGAGUUUGCACUCCAUCUCCUGAGACAGCAGCCAGAAGCCGAAGUGACCCACAAGACCCUGCAGGGCAGCGAGCCAGGAUCUGGUGUGGAGGAGACAUGGAAGGUGAAGAAGGAAUUGGAUGAAGAGAUGGAGCGGAGGCAGCAGCUGGAGAAUGAGGUCAGAAGCGCCCAGGAGGAGAUCUGGAGCCUGCGGCAUCAGCAGCCCCAGGAGUCGGUGGUGAGGAAGGAGGUGCUCAGGAAGGUGCCAGACCCUGCACUGGAGCAGAGCUUCCAGCGACUACAGCAGACCCUGGCUGAGGAGCAGCACAAGAACCAGCUGCUGCAGGAAGAGCUGGAGGCACUGCAGCUGCGGUUGCGGGCACUUGAGCAGGAGGCCAGUGGCGGGGGGCAGGAAUAUGUGGUCAAGGAGGUCCUGCGCAUCGAACCCGAUGGGGCCCAGGCCGAUGAGGUCCUACGUCUGCGGGAGGAGCUGGAGGCACUGAGGCGGCAGAAGGGUGCCCGCGAGGCGGAGGUGCUGCUCCUGCAGCAGCGUGUGGCCACCCUGGCUGAGGAGAAGAGCCGGCCACAGGAGAAGGUCAUCGAGAAGGAGGUGGUGAAGCUCCAGAAUGACCCCCAGCUCGAGGCCGAGUACCGGCAGCUGCAAGAGGACCGCCAGCGGGAGGGUGCACUCAGGGAGAGGCAGGAGGAGGAGCUGAGCUUCCUGCAGGACAAGCUCAAGAGGCUCGAGAAAGAGCGUGCCAUGGCUGAGGGCAAGAUCACUGUCAAGGAGGUGCUCAAGGUGGAGAAGGAUGUGGCAGCAGAGAGGGAGCUCAGUGAGCUGACCCGCCAGUACGAGGAUGAGGCUGCCAAAGCACGUGCGGGUCAGCGCGAGAAGACCGAGCUGCUACGCAAGAUAUGGGCCUUAGAGGAGGAGAACGCCAAAGUGGUGGUGCAGGAGAAGGUGCGGGAGAUUGUACGGCCAGACCCCAAGGCCGAGAGUGAGGUGGCCAACCUCCGCUUAGAACUCGUGGAGCAGGAGCGCAAGUACAGGGGCGCCGAGGAGCAGCUGCAGAGCUACCAGAGCGAGCUGGAGGCACUCAGGCGGCGGGGACCCCAGGUGGAGGUCAAGGAGGUGACCAAGGAGGUCAUCAAGUACAAGACGGACCCAGAGAUGGAGAAGGAGCUGCAGCGGCUCAGGGAGGAGAUCGUGGACAAGACCAGACUCAUUGAGCGCUGUGACUUGGAGAUCUACCAGCUCAAGCAGGAGAUCCAGUCCCUGAAAGACUCCAAACCCCAAGUGCAGACUAAAGAGGUGGUCCAGGAGAUCCUGCAGCUCCAGGAAGACCCGCAAACCAAAGAGGAAGUAGAAUCGCUGAGGGCCAAGCUGUCAGAAGAACAGAAGAAGCAGGUGGAUCUGGAGAGGGAGCGAGCGUCCCAAGAAGAGAAGGUCAGGCAGAAGGAAGAGGAGCUGUCGCAGGUGAAGGAAAGGGUGGUGCAGCAAGAGGUGGUUCAGUACGAGGAGGAGCCGGGCCUGCGUGCUGAGGUGAGCGCCUUCACACAGAGCAUCGACACCGAGCUCCGGCAGAUUGACAAGCUGCGCACUGAACUGCGGCGGCUGCAACAGCGCCGUGGGGAGCUCGAGCAGCAGCUGCAGGAGCUGGAGCGCGAGCGACAGGCACGCAGGGAGGCCGAGCGGGAGGCGCAGCACCUGCAGCAGAGGUUGGCCGAGCUGGAGCAGGAAGCGGCCGAAGCCCGUGAGAUGGUGACCCGCAAGCAGAAGGUGGUGCUGCAGCCGGACCCCCAGCAGGCCCGGGAGCAUGCCAUGCUCACUGUGCAGCUGGAGGAGGAGCGGCACCGGCGGCAGCUGCUGGAGGGUGAGCUCGAGACCCUGCGGAGGAAGCUGGCCACCCUGGAGAAGGCAGAGGUCAAGGAGAAGGUUGUCCUCUCUGAGAGUGUCCAGGUGGAGAAGGGCGACACAGAGCAGGAAAUUCAGAAGCUCCGGAGCAGCCUGGAAGAGGAGAGCCGGAACAAGAGGGAGCUGGAUGCUGAGGUUAGUCGGCUGGAAGCCAAGCUGUCAGAGCUGGAGUUCUGCAACUCCAAGUCAUCCAAGGAGCUUGACUUCCUCAGAGAGGAAAACCACAAGCUACAGCUAGAGCGGCAGAACCUGCAGCUCGAGACUCGAAGGUUGCAGUCGGAGAUAGAAAUGGCUGCGACAGACACCCGAGACCUGCGCAGUACGCCUGUGCCGGACUCUGGGAGCAACCUCAACUCCAGGCUGUGGUCCCUCGAGAGAGAACUGGACGACCUCAAGAGGAUCUCCAAGGACAAAGAUGUCGAGAUUGACGAGCUGCAGAAGCGCCUGGGCUCCGUGGCUGUGAAGAGGGAGCAGAGAGAGAACCAUCUACGGCGCUCCAUCGUCGUCAUUGACCCUGACACAGGCCGGGAGCUGUCCCCAGAGGAAGCCCACCGCGCUGGGCUCAUCGACUGGAACAUGUUUGUGAAACUCAGAAGCCAGGAGUGUGACUGGGAGGAGAUCUCCGUGAAAGGUCCCAACGGAGAGUCCUCGGAGAUCCACGACAGGAAGUCUGGCAACAAGUUCUCCAUUGACGAGGCCCUGAAGGACGGCCGGCUGAGCCCUGCUCAGUAUGAGCGGUACGUCAACAAGGAGAUGUCCAUUCAGGAGCUGGCAGUCUUAGUGUCUGGGAAGAAGUAAGGGCUGCCUUCCUGGAGGCCAGAGGGCAUCUUCCUCCUGCCCGGUGAUGUUCCACACGUCGCCUUCUCCCUGGCUUCUAGUCUGUGCACCAACUUAAGACAGGCAACUCCCAAUUCGGCUGUCAUUCCACCUGCCAGAGUAAUUCACUCUGACCCAAGGCACUCAUGAUCCCAAGGCCUUUGCUCCUCCCUUCUUUUACUGUAGAUUCCCUGGGACGCCUGGAAACCAACCAUCUGAAAACCACCAGUGCACAUGGUCAUUGCCAACGGGCCUGCUCCGGGCAGCCCAGCCAGACACAGAACUCCCUCCAGCAGCCUUUGGUUUUGUCGAGGACCAGACGCUGAGAACUGCCUGCCUGUGCACAUAAUCUUCCAGCUUUCUGGCUGAGAAUUCAGCCUGCUCCUAAUAUGCAGCCGGGCUUUGUUCCAGAAAAGGAGCAUGGAACGUAGAACAGCGUGGAUGUCAACUGUCGGCCAGACUGUCCCAGGAAAACACAGCAUCAGUGACUGAAAUGAAAAUGUCUGGAUAGUGGACCAUGUUGCAGUUAGCCCUAGUUUCAGUGCCUUACUAGUCUUGCUUAUUAUCUCACUGGCAUAGCUGACAGUUGAUUACUCACCAAAUGAGUUUCUGGUUCUUGGUGUCUCACAUGUUAUGUAAGAAAAUGGCAGGUAAUAGGGAACUUUAUUUAUAGCAUGAAAAUAAAAACCUGGUGGCUUGA